AUGGCCGCGGCCAAGGCCACCGGCGUGGCCGCGGCGGCGACCUCCGCAGUGUUCCGGAGCAACCAGGAGCUCACGCGCCUGGCGCGUUCGGGACAGCUGGCCGCGGCACGCCGCCUGUUCGAUGAGAUGCCCCACCGCAACACCGUCUCCUACAACGCCAUGCUCUCCGCGCUCGCGCGCCACGGCCGCCUCGCGGACGCGCGACGCCUGUUCGACGAGAUUCCCCGCCGCAAUCUCGUCUCCUGGAACGCCAUGAUCGCGGCCUGCUCUGACCACGGCCGUGUAGCGGACGCCCGGGAGCUGUUCGACGCAAUGCCUGCCCGGGACGACUUCUCCUGGACGUUGAUGGUCUCCUGCUAUGCACGCGCGGGCGAGCUCAAGCUUGCCAGGGAGACGCUCGAUCGAAUACCUGGGAAGAAGUGCACGGCAUGCUACAAUGCCAUGAUCUCUGGAUACGCGAAGAAUGGCAGGUUUGAUGACGCGGUGACGUUGCUGCGGGAAAUGCCGGCCCCUGACAUAGUUUCUUGGAACUCGGUGCUGGUCGGGUUGACCCGCAAUGAGAAAAUAGUUCGGGCGGCCCAGUUCUUUGACGAGAUGCCGCAAAGGGACAUGGUGUCCUGGAACUUGAUGCUGGAGGGCUAUGUGCGCGCUGGAGAUCUCAAUGCGGCUGCUGGCUUAUUUGAGAGAGUUCCGUCACCUAAUGUCGUCUCUUGGGUCACCUUGCUCAAUGGUUAUUGCCGGGCAGGGAGGAUUGGUGAGGCGAGAGAAUUGUUCGACAGAAUGCCUGAACGGAAUGUGGUGUCUUGGAAUGUGAUGCUUGGUGGGUAUUUGCGGCUUUCGCACAUGGAUGAGGCCUAUAGAUUGUUUUCAGAGAUGCCAGAUAAGAACUCAAUUUCGUGGACGACAAUGAUAAGUGCAUUAGUGCGUGCUGGGAAGCUCCAAGAAGCAAAGGAUAUGCUGAACAAGAUGCCUUUUGAUAGUUUUGCAGCGAAGACUGCACUGAUGCAUGGCUAUCUGCAGAGCAAGAUGAUCGAUGACGCACGCCACAUCUUUGAUGCACUUGAGGUCCGAGAUGCGGUGUGCUGGAAUACAAUGAUAUCUGGCUAUGUCCACUGUGGAAUGCUUGACGAGGCCAUGGUGUUGUUCCAGCAAAUGCCAAACAAGGAUAUGGUUUCUUGGAACACCCUGAUUGCUGGCUAUGCCCAAGAUGGUCAAAUGCGCAAGGCAGUAGGUAUAUUCAGAAAGAUGAAUCAGAGGAAUGCAGUAUCGUGGAAUUCAGUUAUCUCCGGGUUUGUUCAGAAUGGGCUCUGUUUCGAAGCACUCCAAUAUUUCCUGCUCAUGAGAAGGGAUGCAAAGAUGGCUGAUUGGUCUACAUAUGCGAGUUGUCUCAGCGCAUGCGCGGACUUGGCUGCUUUGCAAGUCGGGAGGCAAUUCCACAGUCUUCUUGUCAGGAGUGGGUAUAUCAGUGAUUCCUUUGCUGGAAAUUCCCUGAUUUCUGCAUAUGCCAAGUGUGGACGGAUCUUAGAAGCAAGACAAAUAUUUGAUGAGAUGGCAGGUCAGGACAUUGUUUCAUGGAAUGCGCUCAUUGAUGGCUAUGCUUCUAAUGGUCGUGGGACCGAGGCUAUUUCAGUUUUCCGAGAAAUGGAAGCCAAUGGUGUCCGACCCGACGAGGUCACAUUUGUGGGUGUCUUGUCAGCCUGUAGUCAUGCAGGAUUAAUUGACGAAGGAUUGCGUUUCUUCAACUCGAUGACAAAAGAAUACUCAUUACAGCCUGUGGCUGAACACUACGCUUGCAUGGUGGAUCUACUUGGAAGAGCUGGGAGACUGAGCGAAGCCUUUAAACUUGUUCAGGGAAUGCAGAUCCAGCCUAAUGCUGGUGUAUGGGGUGCAUUGCUUGGAGCAUGCCGGGUGCACAAGAACGACGAGCUCGCGCAGUUUGCAGCUGAGAAGUUAUUCGAACUGGAACCUCGCAAGACCUCGAACUAUGUUCUGCUGUCGAACAUCAGCGCGGAGUCGGGCAAGUGGGAUGCAGCUGAAAACAUGAGGACCUUGAUUAAAGAAAGGGGAGUGCAUAAACCACCUGGUUUAGCUGGAUCAACAUAG